UGAGAAUUUAGUCAAGUCAACUAUCAUUGCAUCUAUAAAGAACCAAUCCAGUUUAUUGCAACCAAUUUCUUACCUUUCUCAUUUAACUCUUAACAUCACUUGUUCUUGAGAUCAUGGCUACAGCAGUCGUAGGUGGUGCGUUCCUCUCUGCCUUCCUUGAUGUUGUUUUUGACAGGCUGGCUUCACCUGAGGUUGUCAACUUUAUCCGUGGAAACAAGCUUGACAGCAAGUUGCUUCAACAGUUGGAGACCAUUCUGAGAGUGGUUAGAGCUGUGCUUGAUGAUGCUGAGAAGAAACAAAUCACAGACUCCAAUAUCAACCAUUGGCUCACUACUCUCAAAGAUCUUGUCUACCAGGCUGAUGACUUGCUCGAUCAUGUUUCUACCAAAGCUGCCACCCAAAAGAAGGUAAGAAACUUCUUUUCUCGUUUUUCCAAUAGUAAGAUAAUUACUAAGUUGGAAGACAUAGUUGUCAGAUUAGAGAAUGUUUUAAGACUUAAGGAGAGUCUUGAUCUGAAAGAGAUUGCAGUGGAGAACAGUGUACCAUGGAAAGUUCCAUCAACAUCUCUCGAAGAUGGAUCUCACAUAUAUGGUAGGGAUAAUGACAAGGAGGCCAUAAUCAAAUUGUUGUUGGAGAAUAGUAGUGAUGGUGAAGAAGUGUCUGUCAUCCCUAUUGUGGGCAUGGGUGGAGUUGGAAAAACUACUUUGGCACAAUUGGUGUACAAUGACGACAGUUUGAAGGAGAUAUUUGAUUUUAAAGCAUGGGUUUGUGUUUCUGAAGAAUUUGAUAUUCUAAACGUCACAAAAAUUAUAUUAGAGGCAGUUACUGCACAACCUUGUAAAAUCAAUGAUCUAAACUUACUUCACCUUGAUUUGAUGGACAAACUGAAAGAUAAAAAGUUCUUGAUUGUUUUGGAUGAUGUUUGGAUUCAAGAUUAUGUUAAUUGGAGUCUUCUUAAGAAACCACUUCAACGUGGAAUUAAGGGAAGUAAAAUUCUUGUUACAACCCGCAAUGAAAGUGUAGCAACUGUAGUCCGUACUGUUCAACCUUAUCAUCUAAAUCAGUUGUCGAAUGAGGAUUGCUGGUUAGUGUUUGCAAACCAUGCAUGUUUUACUCCAGAACCUAGUGAGAAUUCAAUGACUCUAGAAAAAAUUGGAAGGGACAUUGUUAAAAAGUGUAAGGGAUUGCCUUUAGCAGUACAAUCACUUGGAGGUAUGUUGAGAAGAAAGCAUGCCGCUAGGGAUUGGAAUGAUAUACGGAACAGUGACAUUUGGGAACUUGAGUGUAACAUUAUUCCAGCACUAAGAAUCAGUUAUCAUUAUCUCCCUCCACAAUUAAAAAGAUGUUUUGUUUAUUGUUCAUUGUAUCCUAAGGAUUAUGAAUUUCAGAAAAAUGAAUUAAUCUUAUUGUGGAUGGCUGAAGAUCUUUUAAAGCCGGGAAAAAAAGGAAAAUCAUUAGAAGAAGUUGGUUGUGAGUAUUUUGAUUAUUUAGUUUCAAGGUCAUUUUUUCAACAUUCAUCUAGGGUAAGUAAAUUUGUGAUGCAUGACCUCCUGCAUGAUCUAGCAACAUCCCUUGGACAAGAAUUUUAUUUGAGAUUAGAGGAAUUGGGAAAAGAAACCAAGAUCGAUGUCAAGAUUCGUCAUUUGUCAUUUACCAAAUUCAGUCAUGCUGUCUUGGACAACUUUGAUGGAAUAAAUUUUUUUAGAACUUUCUUGUCUAUCAUCCAUUUUGAAGUUGCUCCAUUCUAUAAUGAGAAGGCACCAUGUAUUAUAAUCUCAAAACUUUUGUACUUGAGAGUUUUAUCAUUCCGUGACUUCCAAAGUUUGGAUGCUUUGCCUAAUUCAAUAGGUAAAUUGAUCCAUUUGCGUUAUUUAAAUCUGUCUCAUACAAGUGUUUCUACAUUGCCAGAAUCAUUGUGUAAUUUAUACAAUCUAGAAACCUUGAAGUUGUAUAAUUGCACCAAGUUGACUAAGCUGCCCACUGGCAUGCAGAAUCUUGUAAACUUGCGUCAUCUUGAUAUAUAUGGUGUUCCUUUAAAAGAGAUGCCUAGAGGAAUGGGAAAAUUAAACCACUUACAAGAAUUAGAUUUUUUUAUUGUGGGCAAGAAUAUAGAGAAUGGGAUCAAAGAAUUGGGAGGACUUUCAAACCUUCAUGGUUCGCUUACGAUUAGAAAUUUGGAGAAUGUUACCUCAAGUGAUGAAGCAUUGGAGGCUAAGAUAAUGGAUAAGAUGUACAUUGACAGAUUAUACUUGGAGUGGUCUGAAUGUAACAACAAUAGUAAGAACUGUUAUAUUCUUCCUUCGCUAGGGCAACUACCAUCUCUUGUGAGCCUUUAUAUUUCAAGAUUGAAUUCGGUGAAGACUAUUGAUGCAGGUUUUUACAAGAAUGGAAAUUCUUGUUCUGUGAAAUCCUUUCCCUGCCUUAAAUAUCUAGAAAUUAAUAACAUGCCUUGUUGGGAAGUGUGGAGUUCCUUUGAGUCAGAUGCUUUUCCUUCACUUAGGAGGCUUGUUAUUUGGGGUUGUCCUAAACUACGGGGAGAUUUGCCAAAUCACCUUCCUGUUCUGGAAUGCCUUGAGAUUUCUAAUUGCGAGCAGCUUGUCUCUACUUUUCCAAGGGCUCCCGUCCUGCGAGAUUUAGAGAUUUUUGAAAGCAAUAAAGUAGCGUUGGAUGUGUUUCCUCCUUCGGUGGAAAUUAUCAGAGUAAAAGGAAGCCCAAUGGUGGAGUCCAUGAUGGAGGCCAUCACUAAGGUCCAACCAACUUCUCUCCAUUCUUUAUCAUUAAGUGAUAGUUCCUCAGCCAUAUCAUUUCCAGGUGGUCGUUUACCUGCAUCGCUCAACACUCUGAGAAUCCAUGAUAUUAAGAAAUUGGAAUUCCCGUCCCAACAGAAACACGAGUUGCUAGAAAAUCUGACCGUAUACAACAGUUGUGACUCGCUCACAUCUCUUCCAUUGAUUUCCUUUCCAAAUCUCAAAAGUCUCAGAAUCGAUAGGUGUGAAAAUAUGGAAUCUCUCUUGGUUUUAGUGUCAGAUUCACCUAAGAAUCUAAGUUGUUUUGAGAUUCGCCAAUGCCCUAACUUUGUUUCAUUCCCAAGAGAAGGAUUUCCUGUGCCCAAUUUGACUACUUUGAGAGUUGGAUUUUGCGACAAGUUGAAGUCGUUGCCUACUCAGAUGAGUGCUCUUCUUCCAAAAUUACAACAUCUUGAAAUAAGCAACUGCCAGGAAAUUGAGUCAUUUCUUGAAGGGGGUAUGCCACCUAACUUGAGUACGAUUCAUAUUUUCAACUGUGAGAAACUAGUGAGCAGCCUAGCAUGGCCAUCGAUGGACAUGGUUACCAAUCUCAUCAUCUAUGGUCCGUGUGAUGGCAUAAAGUCCUUCCCAAAGGAGGGUUUGUUGCCUCUCUCCCUUACGUAUCUCUCUCUACAAAACUUCUCAAGUCUAGAGAUGUUGGACUGCAAGGGGCUUCUCCAUCUCACAUCCCUCCAAAGCUUACGAAUUGCUCGUUGUCAUAAGUUGGAGAAUAUGGCAGGUGAAAGAUUGCCUCUCUCUCUAAUAAAAUUAGAAAUUAUUUCAUGUCCUUUGCUGCAAAGACGCGUGAAGCACCGUCAAAUUUGGCCUAAAAUUUCUCAUAUCCCUGGCAUUAAAGUUGACGAUAGAUGGAUUUAGUGACGAAGGAUGAUCACCAGUUUGUUUGCAUAGUAAGAGCCGAGAUUUUGCUUAGUAUUAUGGUGAAUACCAGGAGACACAACUUCUAACCAGCUAGACAAACAUUAUACAAUUUUAUGGUAGCAAAAAAAAUGGAGACCGAAUCUCUUAUGUAUGGAAUGUGUCCAUCCCACUUCAAUUGAUAAAUGCAUUAAUGUACUGAACAAUAUUUUUAUAGUUGAAUAUGUUGCAAUAACACAUUACUUAGUGUAAGGGGAAAAAAGAAGUGAAAGUGAAAAGAAAAAAAAGAUAAUUUUGUUA